AACCAUGUUGCCACGUGUAGGCCUAGGCUGCACUUUAAGAGAGAGGUAGAUAGUUAAAGAAGAAUGCCGGACAUACCGAUAGUUGGAAGCUACUUUUCAACCAGCGGACCACUAGGCAUCUGGACGCCUGCGGUGGCCAUUUCGCUGAACAUUAUUGCCGCAUGGAUUAUAGUGGCGCUUAUAAGGGCAAUAGCUUACCUACGUGCGCCCAAGUACGACCUUUUUAAGCUUCCGUCGCCAGCGAAUAGCGGAUUAAUCCUUGGACACGCGAAAGCAUUGCUGACGCGACCCGACUACCACCGACUUUUGCUGGAAUGUGCUCGGGAAUGCGGCAGCAUCUUUCGCCUUCGACUGCUUCACCGCCAUGUGGCUGUCAUCAUGGACCCGGCGGCGGCAGCCCACGUGCUGUCAGUCGUGCCGGGUCGCCCCCACAGCUACGGACAUGUGGACGAGGUGCUGGGCGGCCGGGGAGUGCACAGCAUGUUCGGCACAUCGGACGAGGUGCACUGGCGCGCGGUGCGGAAGGCCACCGCACCCGCCUUUGCCAUGGCGAAUGUCAGGCGCUACUUCCGCGGCGUGUUGACUGCCGCCGGAGAGCUGCUGAGUCGACUGGAGGCGGACAUGAAGGGGCAGGAAGGGGGAGAGGGGGAGGCGGAGGCGGGGAGUGACCCACGGGUCGGUGGGGCGGUUAAGGUGGAGAUGGAGCCACUGCUGCAGCGCAUGAUGCUGCGAGCCACCCUGGAGGGGCUGCUGGAGGUCCCCGACGCCACCCGCGUGCCAGGGUUUGACACGCUGGCCCCCAGCAUCGUGCUGCUCAUGGCGGAGGCCAACGCGCAGAUCACCGACCCCCUCCGCGCGCUCUGGUACCGCACCCCCCUGGCACCGCUGUGCUCCAAGCAUGUAGCCAGCUGCCGGCGGGCGCUGCGGGAGGUCACAGACUUCCACACUCGCACCGCAGCAGCCAUUCUAGCCAGGCCCGACCCCGCCCCCACCAAUACACUGCUGUGGGCGUGUCUGCACCGCCUGCGGGACUGGCGGGGCGGCAGCAGUGCCGGGGCCAGUGGAGGGGAGGGCGGCAGGCUGUCACCCCAGCAGCUGCAUCCGGAGGUGGGCAUGUACACCACUGCGGGUUUCGACACCACCGCAUCCACCCUGGGCUGGUGCCUCUACGCUGUGGCCCUGCACCCGGGGCACCAGCGGGCGCUGCUGCAGGAGCUGCGGCAGUACGGCAUAUUCCCGCCCGAAUGCGUUGUAACCGCCGUACGGAAGAAGAACAAGAACAAGAACAAGGAGAACAACGAGAAGAAGAAGAACAACAGCGAGAGUUGCUCUCAUGGGGGAAAAGCGGAAGAUCCGGAGACCAAGAGGGAUACGGAGGCCGAGGCUGUGGAGGAGGAGGAGACGGAGGAAGCGGCAGGGAGGGCGGUGGAGUUGGAGUUGGAUGCGGGCCGGUGUCCGGGACCCGAAGAGCUGGCUCGCCUGCCGCUGCUGAACGCAUUCGUGUGGGAGGUGAUGCGGCUGUUCCCAACUGCCGGUGUCAGCGCGGAGAGGCUCUCCCCCACCCAGCCGGUGCGGCUGCCGAGCGGCCUCACGCUGCCCCCCGGGGUGUCGCUGUGGACCCCCAUGUACGGACUGCAUGCGUCGGACCUCAACUGGCAACACGCGGAGGAGUUCAGGCCGGAACGCUGGUUGGAGGACCCGCACUGCGCCUUCGCUCGCACCCUCCCCGACAAUAACAACAACACCAGCACCAGCAGCAGCACCGCGGCAGCAGCUGCGGCGGCGGCCCCCGAUGUCUCAGGAUGCGCUGCCGCUGCUGCUGCUGCUGCUGCUGGUGGCGGUGGCGGCGGUGCGGCAGGCGGGUUCGAGAACACCCAGCGGGGCGGCGGUGCGGCGCAUGCGGAGGAGGGGGGGGCGGCGCGGCGCUUCAUGCCGUUUGGAGAGGGACCCAAGAACUGCGUGGGGCAGAACUUCGGUAUCGCGGUCGUCAGGGCGGUGUUUGCGCUGCUGCUGCGGCGCUAUUACAUCGCACUGCACCCGAACAUGAUGGGGGAGCUGCUGCAGGGGGCGGAGGGGGCAGCGGAGGGGGCGGCAGGAGAGGGCGGGGAGGAGGGCGGCUGCCUGGUUUCCUGCCUGGCCACCCGCACUGCGGCCCUCACACAGGUGGCGGUGGCGACCAAGCUGAGGCGGCUGCGGCUGGUGCUGAGCAGGAGGCAGGAGUGAGGGAGGCAGGAGGGAGGCGGGUGUUGGCGUAGCUGGGUUGGGGAUGAGGGAGUGGGGGUCUUUGGGUCUGCGGGGCUCUGGUAGGCUCUGCUUAGGUGAGCGCCGUAUACGGUGCGAGCUGGGUUGGAAUUGUGCGAGCUGAGCUGAGUUUGAUGUUAUGGUGGACUGAGUUUUAUGACAGGGUGAGCGUAAUUAUGCCCGCUACGGGUUUUAAGCCUGUUAUGCGGCGGCCUUGCUGGUUGGGGAGGAAUGUCCGGUGGUACAGGGUUGGGGGCAUGUUCACAAUGUAACCUCCUCGUGUUUU